GCGCUCUUUCCGGGCCUAAACUCAGCGUAACUAGCACGCCAGAAGCUCUUGAUCACGGACAGCACUCACGCAAAGACGCCAUCGACGCGCACGCAGACAGCACUCAACGCAAGACGCCAUCGACGCGCCCCGCACUCCCAUGGCCCAAGACGCCACCCUGACGCUCAACUCCGGCCAGGCCAUGCCCGUCAUCGGCCUGGGCACGUGGCAGGCGCCCGCCGGCCAGGUCGGCGCCGCCGUCAAAGCAGCUUUGGAAGGAGGCUACCGCCACAUCGACUGCGCCGCUAUCUACGGCAACGAGGCCGAGAUCGGCGCCGUGUUUGCGGAGGCCUUCGCUUCGGGUUUAGUCAAACGAGAAGACCUCUUCGUGACGUCCAAAUUGUGGAACUCGGAGCAUUCACCAGAGAACGUGCGCCCGGCCCUCGAAGUCACGCUCAAGGAAUUACGGCUGGACUACCUCGAUUUGUAUCUGAUCCACUGGCCCCAGUGCUUCGCCAAGGAGAGCGAGGGGAAUCGGUCGAUCCCGAAGAAUGAUGAUGGGUCUAUAAAAUAUGACCUGGCGACGCCGUCCCAGAAGACGUGGGCGGCCCUGGAACAGUGUGUGGACGCGGGCCUCACGAGGAGCAUCGGCCUGUCGAACUUCAACUCCGAGCAGAUUGCCGGUAUUUGUGACGGUGCGCGCAUCCAGCCCGCGGUUUUGCAGGUCGAGAUCCAUCCGUAUCAUUCUCAACAACCUCUUGUCGCGUUCUGCCAAGCCCGGAACAUCGUGGUGACGGCCUACUCGCCGCUCGGGACUGGCGCGGUCAUUGACGGUUCUACGGUCGUCGGGAACCCUGUCCUCAAGGAAAUCGGCGAAAAGUACGGAAAGUCCUCGGCCCAGGUGGCGAUCUGCUGGCUGGCGUCGCGCGGCUUGGUCGUCAUCCCGAAGUCCGUGACGCCGGCGCGGGUCCUGCAGAACCGCGAGGUCAAGUUCGAGCUCUCCGCCGAGGACAUUGCGAAGGUCGACGCGCUCAACAAGGACUGCCGGAACGGCUGGGGCGGUCCUUUGAGCGCGGACGGGUCGCCGCGCGAUAUCGCGCAUCCCUUGUAUCCCUUCGGGGCGGGGCGGCCGGCGUUUUAAGGUUUCUCACACUUUUACA